CUUCAUGCUAUUAAGGAUUAUUUUUUUUGCUGCUGGCACCCAGAAACGGGGAAGACAAAAAUGGCUACCAAGACAUUUAUAUUAAUCGCAAAAGGGCAUAGCGCUUAAAAUGCUUAUUUAACGUAUUCUUUAUUCUAUGGAAACGUAUUUUGACAACGGUACUGGUACGGAAAUCAAAAUGCCUUGUCAAAAUCAGCAGCUGAACAACAAUGACAGUCAAGAGCACGCGGCAUUGAGCGGCACCAAGCAGGUUCGGUUUAAUAGCUGCAGCAAUAGCGUCCUGCCAGUAUCGAAUAGAGAUGCAGGGGUCCCUGAAACUUGUGAAAAUGUGUUCUACACUAAACUACCGAGGAAGAUUGGACCGCAAUUAAAACUGCUUCCUUUGAAUGACCAAAUACGAGAAUUGCAGACCAUCAUUAGAGACAAGUCUACCAGCAGGGGUGAUUUUGUGUUUUGUGCAGAUAGAUUGAUUAGACUAGUGGUUGAAGAGGGACUCAAUCAGCUGCCAUACAGCGAGUGUACAGUGACCACUCCCACAGGGCAUAAAUAUGAUGGUGUGAAGUUUGAGAAAGGCAACUGCGGUGUCAGCAUUAUGAGAAGCGGUGAGGCCAUGGAGCAGGGCCUCAGAGACUGCUGCCGGUCCAUCCGUAUUGGUAAGAUCCUCAUCCAGAGUGAUGAGGACACCCAGAAGGCCAAAGUUUACUACGCCAAGUUCCCCCCAGACAUCAACAGGAGGAAAGUCCUUCUAAUGUACCCCAUUCUCAGUACAGGUAACACAGUGAUCGAGGCUGUGAGAGUUCUGACUGAACAUGGUCUCUGGGCUAAACAUAUCAUCCUCCUGAGCCUCUUCUCCACCCCUCACGGUGCCAAGUCCAUCAUUCAAGAGUUCCCAGAAAUCACCAUACUGACCACCGAGGUGCACCCUGUGGCUCCCACACACUUUGGCCAGAGGUACUUUGGGACAGACUAGUCAGCCCUCCAGGACCAUUCAGUGGGAUGCCAUACUAUGAGAACCAACCAUUGAAUGGUCCCUCUCUCUGUCUGAUGUCAAUUUGUCCACUUAUUUCAAAAGAAGCUGUUACCCUGCUGAAGAAUCCUGCUUUGCUGUGUAUGCCGCCUUAACCUGUGCUCCUCAGUCUGACACAAACAAUGCAAAGAUUUUCCUAGAAACAAAAAAAGCACAUUCCAUGCAGGCCUUUUAAGAACUAGUCUAGUGAGCUUGCAUGUACUGCUGCCAUUUUAUUUGUUCAGUUAUGGUAGUUAAUUCUAGGUUGUUUUCCCUCAACAGAAAGUCUAAAAAAAAGUCCAAUAAUUAAAAUAUAUAUUUUUCUAUGUA